AAUGUGUACUGUUUGAGGUAGGCGGGUUGUUCUAAGUUCUUGGCUCUAGUGCUAACGGUGUUGAGUUUUAAUGUUGCGCUUUGCAGGUUGAAACCACUUGCUAUGUAGUAAGGUGUCCCUCUCUUUUCACGGUGUUGAGAUUAUCAAUUCUUUCACCGGUACUUUUAAUUGGAAGCUAUCGUUUCAACCUCUGGUUUUCCACCUAUCUUCUUACAGUUUGGAAUCAUUGAUUAGGAUUAGGCUUCGUCAUAUGAUUUGGGAUCUUCCAAAUUAUAUUUCAACUUAAACUACUAAUCGGGCCGGGCUUCGUAUCUUGACAAGUUUACCAGCCGGUCAGAAUUGAAUAAGCGUGUUGUCUGCAGUAAAUAUAGACGUAAUGGUUUUUACCAUGUUAACACCUCUUUCAUUUCGGCAUAUAAUGCUUUUGAAAAAAUUCUAGUUACUGAUUGUUGUGAGUUAUGUGUGUUUUCGCUGUUGAAUGGCAAGUAGUUUUGCCAAGUAUAUCAUGUUCUCUUCCGUUUGUAAAUGCUUUUCACAAUAAGUUGUCCGGUCAAGUGUUUCCAAAUCAUUAUUGUCGCUACUGUUGACAUAAACAGGAAGAGGGAUAUAAAAGUGGUGUGGUUUUGUGGUGAAUAGGUGAUGACUGGUAUAGUGUAAUAAGAGCUAACCAAGAUAAACUUAAUUUCCUAUGACAAUUGUUUGGGAUCGUUGCGUCACCAGAGUUCCUAUACUAGUUUCACACACCUUAACGGCUCUUCAUUCAGUUGUAAUGACUGUCUAUUUGUUUGUCGUUGCAGGGUCUUUUGCUUCAGUGGUUUUUCGAUUGUCGUUUUUCUCUUUGGUACUUCUAUUGUGGAGAGUGAUUAACCGUACGUGUGAAAAUAUGAAAAAGGAAGCAUCAAAAUAGGUUACUUACAAAUAACUGAAUGCACGAAAUUCCUUAUAAACUAGGUCGACGCGAAAGCAACUAAGUAUUUACAUGAAUAUAAGUGGUCUUGAUUGCUGUUAGAGAUGUGAUGGCGGUUAUCACUUCCCGGUUGCCCACAUCGUGGAAGGGUUCUUCUGGAGAUACCUGAAAAGGAAAUUGGAUUAGAGGUGGUCCUAAUGACCUGCGAGCGUGACAGCAGUGCCCAAAGGACAACUGCUUGACGUCAGUCACACACGACCUUUUCGUGGGGAGUUUUCGUGUUAGCUCCGUACUUGUUGAGACCUUACUGCCGGAGACUGAUAUCCGUGGGAUAAGGCUAGGUGUGCAUUUUUAGAGUCGACCUUUUCUAACCACACCCCUCCUUGUGGGAAGGCAGCAUCGCUGUCAUGCUGGUUGUCUGAAGGAAACACCUUACUGUUGUCACACCUCUGAACAGUCAGCAGUACGACUUCGCCUUCGGACCUUGUGUUUGUUGCUUCUAGUCUUACGUUCUUCAACCGACUUGUCUGCUAUAGUAGGACCUUGAGGAACGAUUGUUCUAGCCAGUUAAGCUCGAUUGUUUCAUCACGAUAGGCAAGCCCGACCACCUCGUCGGGAGUAUUUACAUGGGCUUACAUAGUAUGUGACAGUACUUCCAUCUAACCAUAGUAUAUUACGAGACGGUAGAAAACAGUCAAAUAAUACUUUUCGCUUACUGCUUUCAUUUAAGUCUCCUUACAGCAAUUCGGUACGUAACUUAUUUCACUAUCUGUAACGACUUCAAAUUUGAGCACUUAUAUUCAGUUGAUGUCCUGUGGGUUUCAUGAUGGCGUCUAGUUAUUUUAUCAACAGCAAGCAACAAAUGUGUUCACUAAAUUAUCCUGUCACCUCAAUUAUUUAUUCUCACAGUUUCUCACUUGGUCACUCAGUCAAUAUCAUUGUUCAGGCUAGUUUCUAUAUUGAUGUGUCAUUUCCCAGAAAAAGCUGAACCAGGCCUUACAUUGCAUAAAUGUCAUUAGCAUCUUUUAUUCCCCUGCGUAACUACCUGGCCAACCUUUACCUUAACUGUUAGUGACCCCUGUUCCAGUCUAGUAGUAUUGAUCUCCGUGACACUUGAAACGGAAACAGCAUUCGUAGAUAUUUUAUGGACAUUUAGAGGUCCAUAUGACAAUGGUUCAGAUCGAAGUAGCUAAAAGUUCCCAUCACAUUACAACAUUAACAUAUGAGCAAAGAAUAUUUGAUGGGAUUAUAACUUAUCGACGACCUUUAAGCAACAUUUACGUGAUGUUUAGAAUGUUCUCCUACUUACUGUGGCUAAAUGACGGUUAUGAAUCUGUGUGGGGAGUCGGGAUCAUGAUUUGCAGUUGAUGGUUAGAAUUAGGAAUUAAAUAUAGGGUUUUUGUCUCGAGCUAACAUCUAAAAUGCCGAAAAGCUACGUAGCAAACAUGGGUGAGUGAAUUUCGCGCCAAAAUACAAGAUCUGUCAUAUUGAGUCUGAUCGGUUCGUCCAUAAAUUAGUGCUGCUAAAUAUUCUUUUAAAAAAUAGAUUUUCUUUAGACUCUAUCGUAGUGUAUUCAAAUAAAUAAUCCAAAAAGUAUCCAGGUUUGAGGCGAAUUACAUCGUUUAAAAUUAUUGCAUGUGAAUUUAGGAUAUACAAUAAAAUUUCUGUUGAAAUUACUAGUUGGGAACGUUAACUGGAAUAAACUUGCAUAUUAGAUGUGAUUGUAAAAUUAAUGGUUUUACUAAAUAUGGAUUGAAUUGGGUGAGAGAAUUUACUGGAAUGGAUAUUAUUUGUCUAUAUAUUGGUGUUAUAAGUAACCUCGUCAGUAUGUAAUGCCUCGUUAGCCAGUGUUACUAUCCUCUGUUCUAAUUCUAAUAUAUCAUAAUCGUUUGAACAGCAUAUUAUCUCCUUAAGCGACUACGGUAAGUAGCAAAGUGAUUACUUUCAAUCCUGUACUUCUAGUUUUGACGAUUAUUAGUUUCAGUAGGCUUUCUUAUAAAUCCAUAUGUAAAUUCCUAGUUAAGUUUCAAUGGAUGUGGUAGUCUUUUUGAGAUCUUACAAAUCGACUGUGGUUAAUAGUACACAAACAACUGGCCAUUAUGCAGUCUUGGAAUAUGUUGUCUAAUCUUCGAUUCGGCAAAAUCCCUACACUAAGCAUUCAAAUCAACCCUAAUUGCCUGAUAGUUUGGGGCCAACUAGUCGACCUAACUUGAGCUCUUUAUGAAUGAUUUAGAGAUAACAUUUACAUGUAGUCAUAGGAACUUUGGAUAGUUAAAUCAGUUGUCUAGUUUUAAACGAAAUACAGCCGUUUCGAGUUCAAUCCACCUGUAAUAAAUGUUUGACAUGAUAUUGAAGAUGUCUUUUCUUUUGUUUAAACCAUUAAUUUAUGCAGCAAAAAUUUCUGGGAAUGCAAUAGCAAGUAUUGGUUAGAAUAGUUUUAUGAAAAUAAAAGUUUAAUUACCACAGAAAUAUAUUACACUGCCAAAGGUUUAAUAGCCAAUUGCAAAGCUUCACUCCUAGUUAAUCGUCCUUGUGUCACAGACAGUGUUGUACGAACAGCCUAGAGUGGCUUCUUUUUAGCUUUUAAAAUACGGUAAGCACUAAUGAUUGACUCCGGAAGUCAUUGGACUGAUUUCGCAGGCUUACUGUCAAAAGCAUUGUUCAAGGAUAAGUUAGCUGAUAGAGAUAUUAUCAUUAUAUGUUAAGACAUUCAACACUCGCCACGCUACUCCCAUAACAAAAAAAUAACCAAAUCAACAUCUAAUAGGUAUAUCGGCAUGAGCCAUACUGUGUAAGGACUAAUGAUAGCAUUGUUAAUGAUUCAGUGAACUCCGUCUUUAAAUGGUCGGUUUGAAAUAACAUAAAGUAUGGUGUUUUAGGAUCUGUGCUAUCAACAAUUUAUGACACGAGGUUAGCAUAUUUAACUAUCAGUAUUAUCAUUUUGGGUAUUAUAUAUUUUACACGUGUUCUGGGUUUUCAGAUGCCUCUUAUUAGUACGAAGCUACAUGUAUUGAACCCAGUGUGGAGAAAAAAGAAACCCCGUGACACUGAGCAACACGAAGAACCUGAGCCAAAACCAGCAUUUAUCGUCCCAGAAACUCAAGAAAUUUGUACAUCUGCCGAGGAACUGCAGCGCAAAAUUACUAUAUAUAAUGAAAAUAUAUGGACUUGUCGUGUAACUGGGAAACCUAAUUUGACCUAUCGGGAAGCAUUGAAAACUGAAGCAACUGCUAUUCGCACAUUACGAAAGUCUUUCCCCAAGUUUUUUGAAAAAACUAUCCUUGAGCGCGUUCAUCUUAGUACUCAACCCCUGGAAUCCUUAGUACACAGUUGCUGGACCACCAUACAUGAACAAUUUCAUAUUGCUGAACCUGUGAAACUUAAAGUUGACUCUGUUUCGAAUGCACCAAUACGUGGAAUAAUUGAUGAUAUAAUAAAAUCUCAAACUGUACCGACACCUGUUCCGGAUAACACUUCACCGAAUAAUAGUGACAAAGAAAAUGUGACUAGAAAAAAUUCUCCAAUCAAGAAAAACUACGCUUACAAUGUUAAAGUCCUGUCGGAUAUCCCUGUUGUUGUACAUGAUGUUCCAGCCUGUUCCAUUGAUCGUAUCAACCGUGCACCUUCCAAAGACCAUAUCAAAAUGUUUAUUCGAAGUCAUGCUAUGCGUUAUGGACCAAACUUUACUGGUCCAUGGAUUGUAAACGAAGAGCUUUUACGACGUCAUAAAAUACCUUUAAAAAGCCCCGGAUGUCAAGUUGAUAAAGUUAAGUUAAAACAAAUGUCCAAGGCCCUGGAGGAAGAAUACUUUGUACGCGUUAUGAACUCACGACGUCAGUCCAACGGAGAGGGUACAUCAGACGAUGUUACCUCAAGCACUCCACUUAAUUUUAAACGUAUUAAACGCUUUUCUGUUCUACGUGAAGACGACACUUCCAAGAUGCUUGAAGAAAAUGAAGACAACUUACCUCUAGCUCAGUUAAAAGAUCGUUCUCAACUCAAACAAUCAUUGGAGCAUAGUAGAAAGAAGAAAAUGAAACAGUCCACCUUAUUUCAAUUUGGUAAGAAAGCUCCUACGAAAGAUGAAAUAUCAGACAAAUCAACAAUCAAUCGUCCUAAAAAGAAUACUAAUGAAAGAAGUGCAUUACCUCGAGUUGCUCAACAUCUCAUCAAAAUGUUUGGGGAAGAUCGUAAUAAUCCAGCCAUAGAAACUCAGAUAAGACUUUGUGCAAAAUUCAUAAGUGACAUAGAUAUUCUUAGGUUGCCUGCUGAAUUACGUGAUCCUGUGCGAUCAAAGAAAGAAGCGUUUGCGUUCAAAAAAAAAUUACUGGCUAUGUCACCAACUCAACGAAAGGAAGCACUCCAAGAAAUGAAAGAAAAACAGAAGAUUGAACGUAUUCAUGCUAAUAAAUUGCUUGAUGAUCAACAUCUUAUGACCUCUUUGCCUCAGUGCCCUCGUUUACCUGAACCUUCCAAACUUGAACUUCCUCCUAGUUUCAACGAAUCUUUGUUUGGACGCCUGCUAGGAUUAACAGAAUUUUUCCAUGUCUUCCAUAGUUUACUUGUUGAAGGAUCUGUUGAUGAUACCGAGGUAGAGAACCCAUCUGAAAAUAAUGUUCUGUCUGGCUUUUGUCGCUUUCCAGUUGAAUCUCUUGUAGCUGGGGUUGGUGAACCGGGUUAUUCUGAUGAUGAUGACGGUGGUAAUACUGAUGAAGAAGAGGAAGAAGCUGGAUUGACUGAAUCAGAUGCUCCACUUCCGAAAAUAUGUAUAAAGUCAUUGCGUCGUCUAGGAUUGAAACGAUUACUUAACGCUAUCACUACAGAUAAUCCAUCAGCCGGUUCCUAUCGAUCACUGGCACGUCCUCUAAGUGUCCUAUUACGCUUGGUCUUAAGAGAUGAACAAAUAGGUAAAAAACGUGAGUUGGGCUUGAAAUUGGCUAAAUUCCCAGUUACACCGUAUACAGCUCCUGAGCUCCUUAGAUUGACUCUUUUAAACGAAAUCCCAUCAAAUUAUGCUAGGACAACCAUAUUGGAACAAUUACGAAAUCGUGAUGCUCCAGUCACCGAUCUUAAUAAUUCUUCUGUGACACAACUUAUACACCACUUAUCCAACUCUGAUCUACAUGAACUAUUUCCAGAAAUACGUGUAAUAGCGUUGGAAUGGGCAGUGGAUAAAAUUUUCGAUCUUGAUCUUAUAGAUGAUCAUAUUAUGGCGUGUCAACGUCGUGCAGCUGAUGCUUGGCAAAGGAAAAUUCAAGUAUUACGUGAUAAAAACUUACGAAAAAAAGACAAAAAAGAUAAUGCAAAUGAAGCUAACAAAACCACCAGUAACAAUAAUAAUAAUAUAUCUACCAAUCAACUUGAUGAGUCAAAGUCUAAAACAGACACUCAUACCACUACUGCUGAGGAUAUCACAGAAUCUGAAAAUGACUUAGCAUCAAUUGUAAAACGCAGACGAAUUCUAGCUGCACGAGCAGCAAUAGAAAAAGAAGAAAAAGAAAAUCUGGAACGUCAACGCCGUCUGGAAAUGGCUCAAGAACAUGCUGAAGAACGUGCAAUCAAUACAAUUAGUCGACUUCAUGAUAUUCGGUCUACAGAAGCAAAAUGUGUUCUACGAAACAACCCUAUUGGUUAUGAUAGAUUUUAUCGUCGUGUAUGGUAUUUCCGUUGUUCUCCAGAUCGUUUGUUUUUGGAGGCUAAUUGGGCUUCCUCAAGUAUCAUGUAUUCGGUUGAUUCAUUUAGAAAAAAUGAAUCUGUCCCAAUUACCACUUUGAGUGAUGAAACAAUACCACAACCUGCUCAUGAUUUUGUAAAAAAUGACACGUUGGACAGUGGAACUAUUUCAAGAUCCUGGAGUAAUUGGUAUUUUUAUGACCGUCCUGAACAGUUAGAUGAAUUGUUAAAUUCAUUGCUAACUUGUGGUGUUCGAGAAAGUCAUUUAAAAAGUCAGUUAUUGGCAGAUGGAUUUCUGGAAUCACUUAAAAAAAGAUGGAAAAGUGGUCUCUCAAAUGAAUUGGUAAUUAAAGCUGACACAACGAAUGGUACUCUUGUAAAUGUAGAAAAACAUCCAUCUUAUCGUAAACGCGAUCUUCCUGCUGGAGCCGCUUUGGCAGGAGCAUUGGUAAAAAAUAUUUUAGAUACUGAGGUUCGUCUAAGAUCCGGUGGUCUCGGUGGUGUACCAGAUUUUACAAAAUGGCAAGAGCGUUUAGCACAAAUACAAAAAUCCUAUGGGAUCCAACAAGAAACUCUUGAUGUAAAUUUGUCUUCAAAACCAAAUCUGUCAGCUUUAUCCAGUUUAUGUGAAUUGCCAGAUAAAGCAGGACUUGCUAUUGCUCUUAUUGAAGUAGCUGAAAAUAUAAUACCUCGCUUCCUAAACGUUCCUGAUCUUUGCACUAAGUCGAAAUUCAACUCUAAUCAAAAUGGAACAAAUGAUUGUCAUGAUCUAAAAAACUCUUUUCCAGAUCAUGCACCAUUUGUUAGAUUUUCAUCUGGAGAUGAUUCAGACGCAUCUGAAAGUAAUGAUCGUUCACAGGAACUGGAGAAAGCUGUUUUAGACCCUGAAGCUCAUGAACUACGAACUCGUGCUUGGAUGACAGCUUGGCGUACUGAAGUUCAAAACGCUCGUACACUGACCCGAUUAAAUCUCUUACAUGCAUGUCUGGAUGCAUGUGUUCGCUGGGAAAAGUCAGUAGAAGAUGCGCGCUGUCGUAUUUGUCGUCGGAAAACAGACGAUGAUAAUUUACUACUUUGUGACGGCUGUAAUCUUGCUUUUCAUCUUUACUGUUUACGUCCACCAUUAAAACGUGUACCAACAGGUGAUUGGUUCUGCCCAACUUGUGGACCAGCCUCCCGUGCCCUUGAAAAACGUAAGCGUGAAGAACGUUUAGCUCGGUCUGCAAGACGACGGAAACGUGCUUUGUCAUCUGAUGAUGAAGAACAAUUAAAUUCCGAUAAUAAUGAAGAAAGUAGUGGUGAAAGUGAAGCUACUCAAAAAAUCAAACGCCGAAAUCCCCGUUCAUUUCGAUCCAAAGGCGGUAAUGACUGUGGUGCGUUCAAUAUAAAACGUUCAGUUAGUCCAGCCAAUCGUAAUUCAGGUUCAUCUAGAAAUAUAAGACACGACACAUCCUGUCUUGUUUGUUCAGAUUCAAUUGGGGAUUUGGUUCUAUGUUCCAACUGUCCCAAUGUAUUCCAUCUAGACUGUCAUGAUCCCCCAUUGCACCAUAUUCCACGUGGAGAUGGUUGGCAGUGUUCCAUUUGCCGAUCAAAUAAAAAACGUUCUACUAUUACUUCUUAUUUUCAAAGCAGAGAUUAUCGUCGAAAAACUUAUCAAGCAAUUUUCAAAAAACGAGCUGUCAGUCCAGAUGAACGUAGCGAAGAUGAAUUUUUAAAUAGUACAUCUUUUACUCGUUCAACACGAAGUAACAAUAGAUCUCGAAAGAAUAUCUCAAUGUCUGACACUGAGGAUGAACAACAAUCGAGUGAAGCAUCUUCAGAUGUAGAUAUCCGCUCUAAUAAUCAACGUCCAAUUUCCCGUCGACGUAGUGCUUCUCGAUCAGCGUCUGCUCUUAGUUCACAACUAAAUAAAUAUCCAAAACGUAGACGACGACACUUGUCUGAUCAGGAGGAUACUUCAGAAACAGAACAAAUGGACGAAAAGUCUCAAUCUUUAUGUUCACACAUUCUUGAUGCUGUGUAUAAGCACAAACACUCAUGGCCAUUCAGAAAACCUGUUGAUAGAAGUCAGGUUCCCGAUUAUUAUGAAAUUAUCACAGAUCCUAUCGAUUUGUCCAUGAUGCGUGAUUGGCUUUCUAAAGGACGGUAUAACACGGAAACUACCAGCGCAGGACUGAAGAAACUAGUACAUGAUUUAGGUACUAUGUUUUAUAAUGCCGAAUUAUAUAAUGCUGCUGACUCAGACGUUUGGUUAGCUGGAGAGCAGUUAGAAAAAUUCGUGAAGAAUCAGUUCGCUCAUAUAAACACAGAUGUUAUCUACUCUAGACCAGCACUUGGUGAUGCAUGAAUAUUAAUAAUCGUAUUUGAUGAAAUUACCAUUGAUAUUUUUUGUGGAAAUAUCUGUUUGUUUUUUUGAAUCAUUUUAUGUACGCAUAAAGCAAUAAUCUAAGUCAAGUUUUGAUAUGUGUGUUUAUACUAUUUCUCCUGUUAAACAAAUUUACAAUGAUUCGAUUUAAACAAUACAUAAUCUUCUUAUUCAUUUUUAUUAUUAUUAUUAUUAUUAUUAUUAUUAUUAUUAUUAUUAUUUUGACUAUCAGCUUAUUCUCUAUUUGUCUUUUUUUAUUUUGUCAGUGGAUACUAUAAGUGUAUGCAUUUAAAAUAUAGAAAGAGAGAAAUAUAUAUAUCUAUCUAUUUUCUAGUGUGUUUUUGUUUCAAACGUUUUUUUUAAAAAUUAUUUAUUUAAGUUAAGUUGUAUUCGAAUUAAUAACAUUCAGUGAAACAGUUUGGAAUAUUUUUUUCUUUAUUCUGUUUUUCCUCUAAUUUUUCUUUCGGCUGUUUUUUCUUUCUUUAAAAAUCAUCAAAUCACUUGUGCUCAAAUUUUUCAAUGUGUGCUUCCUUUGUGUAUAUGAUUGAUAAUUGUUCAGUUACUUCAUUUCUUUAUAUACUUGAAAUAUUAUUGUAGUAUUUUUUUUCUCACUUGCCCUCCCCCUCUCUCUGGUUCUCCCUUUUCUUGUUCGCAUUCUUCAUGAUAUAUAUAUAUAUAUGCAGGUUUGUACAGCCUUAUUGUACACUUUCUCUCUCUCUUUAUAUAUAUAUAUAUAUAUAU